AAGUUAGUGAAAUAAGCAAUCUCCUCUUAGAUUGAUAUGCUGUUUAUAUUGCUCUUGUUCAGGUACUUUGCUUGAUUGGUGAUGUAUCUUUUCUUCAUGAUACAAAUGGCUUGGCAAUUCUUAAUGAAAGGGUGAAGCGGAAACCCUUAACUGUUGUUGUAAUAAACAAUCAUGGUGGUGGAAUUUUCAGUCUUUUACCAGUUGCAGAAAGAGCUAAUCCUGAUGUACUGAACAAGUUCUUCUACACAUGUCAUAAUAUCUCAAUAAAAAGACUCUGUACUGCCCAUAGUUGUUUGGUUUUGUAGUGUGAAACAUUUUUUAGUGCGGACGAUGUCUGAACUUCAAAAUGCUUUAUCCAAAUCUCAGCAGGAGCAGUAUGAUUGCGUGAUUGAAGUCGAGAGUAGUAUUGUGGAAAAUGCCAAUUUUCACAGAAUAAUAAACAAAUUUUCUUCUGAAGCUGCAAAUAAGACACUGAACUUCUUAUUAACAAACAUGGAAAAUCGCCUCUUUACCCACAAAAUCCACAAGGUGGAAUACUCAUUGUAUAGAAUCCAACUUUGUGCUCCACUGACUUCAAGUUUAUUAAAUGGUGAAAUGGAGAGUUUCUUCCAUGAAGGCUUUAUCCUAAGAAUAUAUUUGGACAAUAAUAUUGUAGGAUUGGGCGAGGUUGCCCCAAUUGAAAUCCAUGCAGAGGAUCUUUUAGAUGUCGAGGAGCAGUUAAGGUUCUUGGUGCAUAAGUUGGUAGGAUCAAACAUAAGUUUUAUUCCAUUGCUCAGAGGCUCAUUUUCUGAAUGGAUUUGGAGAUCCUUAGCAAUACCAGCCUCAUCCAUUUUUCCAAGUGUUAAGUGUGGAUUGGAGAUGGCUAUCCUCAAUACCCUGGCAAUGAAUGAAGCAUCCAGUUUCUUUGAUGUGAUCUCUGGUUAUGGGAGCUCCUCAGUUGAACCUCUGUUGGAUGCAGAUGGUAAUGAUGGUCCAAAACAGAUAGAGAUUUGUGCUCUCAUUGAUCAUAGUGGUUCACCAAAAGAGAUAGCUGAUGUUGUGUACCAAUUAGUUGACGAGGGUUUCAACACAAUAAAACUGAAGGUAGCACGAAGAAAAAAUCCUCUUGAAGAUGUAGAAGUCAUCAGAGCCAUCAGGCAAGUGGUUGGUUACAAAAUCAACAUCCGUGUUGAUGCAAACCGGAAGUGGACAUAUGAGGAGGCAUUGCAAUUUGGAUCUUGUGUAAAACAUUUCCACUUGCAAUUCAUUGAGGAACCUGUUAAUAGGGAAAUGGAUAUUCUCAAAUUUUGCGAUGAAAGCAGUUUGCCAGUAGCACUAGAUGAGACAAUUGACAAUCUUAAGGGAGAUCUCUUUCAUGGACUUAAAAAGUUCGCUCAUCCAGGAAUUGUUGCUAUUGUUAUCAAACCGAGUGUUCUUGGAGGAUUUGAAAAUGCAGCUACAGUAGCAAAGUGGGCUCAGUUGCAUAAGAAGAUAGCCAUUGUCAGUAGCGCAUUUGAAAGCAGUGUGAGUUUGUCGGUGUAUAUACAGUUUGCAUAUUAUCUGGAGAGGCAGAAUGCUGCAGUUUGCAAAAUAGAGGGAAGGGAAUUAAAUGCAGCAAUAGCCCAUGGCCUUGGAACAUAUCGUUGGCUGAAGGAAGAUGUAACUUCCAGUGGCAUAGAUAUUUGCAUGUCAUCGGAUAGGUACAGACUGGUAGCAUCUGUCGAGAAAGCUGAGAAUUUUUUAAAGCUUGUGCAAAUCAAUAAAGCAAAUAUUCAGAAAAGCUACUCCGAAGAACAAACUAGUGCUUAUCAAACUGAAGUUGAUGGAGAGUUUUUUAGCUGUUCAUUCAAGUUUCUGAAAGUUGGUCAAAACCUAAACAAUAGAACGGUUGUCUUUCUUCAUGGCUUCUUGGGUACAAGUGAAGAGUGGAUCCCAAUUAUAAGGAGUAUAUCAGCUAGCGUGCAUUGCAUUUCCAUUGACCUACCUGGCCAUGGGGAGUCAAAGUUACAAUCACUAGUGGAUAAGAGUUCUAAACAAAGAUUGGAUUUAUCUGUUGAAUCUGUUGCAAAUAUAUUGCUAAAGUUGAUCUCUGGUAUCACUAGUGGAAAGGUCAUUCUUGUUGGCUAUUCAAUGGGUGCCAGGAUUGCAUUAAACAUGGCAGUCAAGUACAAAGAAAAGGUCAUUGGAGCUGUCAUAAUCUCGGGAAGCCCAGGAUUAAGAAAUGAAACAACCAAAAGAAUCCGUGUUGCCCAAGAUGAAGCAAAGGCAAACUUUCUAGUGGAACAUGGUUUGGAGUGCUUUCUGGAUUUAUGGUACUCUGGCAUCCUAUGGAGAAGCUUAAGGGGCCAUCCUAACUUCAGCCAUAUUAAGAGCUCUCGCAGCAGGCAUAAAGACAUACAGGGUCUUGCAAAUGUUCUAUCGAGCUUAAGCGUUGGGAAGCAAUUGUCUUUGUGGGAUGACUUAAAACACUUGCAAACGCCACUGCUCUUCAUCGUGGGAGAAAAGGAUACAAAGUUCCGGGAGAUUGCACAGCAGAUGUGCAGUGAAAUCGAGAGAGGUUCCAUAGCUGACCAACACCGGCAACGAAAGCUAUUUGACACAAUUGUCGUACCAGAUUGUGGUCAUGCUGUACAUCUAGAGAAUCCUCUUUGUGUGAUCAAUGCAGUGAGCAAAUUUGUGGAAAGAUGGGGGCAGAAAUGAUGCAGUUAUGGGCUUAUGGCACAUUUAUCGGCUAUUUUUUCCCGUUCUCGGAUCUCAUUAUUCCGAUAAUAAUCACAAAGAUCAGUGUGACCCAUUUAUGGCUAAAGAAAUCGUGUAAGAUAAGACAUUAAUUAAUAUGUUAGGGAGGGGAAAAAAAAUGUACUGUGUAUUUUUGUGAAUGAAGCCGAAGUAUAAUGCUUUUGCUUUUCAGAGCCC